UCCAGGAACUUGAUGGAUGGAGGGAAUUACUCAGUGGUGUCUGAAUUUUUAUUGCUGGGGCUCACUAGUUCUUGGAAGUUCCAGAUUCUUCUUUUUCUGUUUUUCACAAUAUUUUAUAUAGCAAGCAUGCUAGGAAACCUUCUCAUUGUGCUUACAAUUAUCUCAGAGCAUCACUUACAUUCCCCUAUGUACUUUCUGCUAGCAAAUCUCUCCUUUAUUGACACAGGUGUUUCGAGCAUUGCAACCCCAAAGAUGAUUUAUGACCUUUUCAGAAAACAUAAAACCAUCUCAUUCAAAGGGUGCAUUACCCAGAUGUUCUUUAUCCACACUGUUGGGGGUACAGAGAUGGUGCUGCUCAUAGUUAUGGCCUAUGACCGAUACGUUGCUAUCUGUAAGCCCCUCCACUAUCUGACCAUUAUGAGCCUAAGAAUGUGCACUUUUCUUCUGACUGUUGCUUGGACCAUUGGACUUAUCCACUCAGUGGCCCAGCUGGCCUUUGUUGUAAACUUACCCUUUUGUGGUCCCAAUAAAAUGGAUAGCUUUUAUUGUGAUUUUCCUCGGUUUAUCAAACUUGCAUGUACAGACACAUAUAGACUAGAGUUUCUAGUCACUGCUAACAGUGGUUUCAUCUCCAUGGGCACCUUCUUCAUCUUGAUUGCAUCUUAUAUCUUCAUUCUAGUCACAGUUAGAAAGCACUCUUCAGGCAGUUCAUCCAAGGCCCUUUCUACUCUCUCAGCUCAUAUCACUGUGGUGAUCUUUUUCUUUGGUCCUUGCAUAAUUGUCUAUGUGUGGCCUUUUCCUACCUUACCAAUAGACAAAUUUUUAGCCAUCUUUGAUGCCAUUAUCACUCCUCUUAUGAAUCCAAUUAUCUAUACAUUUAGAAAUAAGGAAAUGAAGGUGGCAAUGAAGAGACUGUUUGGUAAGGUUUUGAGUGUUAGGAAGAGUUCUUUCAUGCAUAAUCUGAGAAAUUCAGAUUCAUGCUGA